AGGAGCCCAGCAAUGGAGGAGAAAGCAGUCAAAACUGGACUACAGCCGCCCCCAGUCACAGUUACAAGUUGGAGUCUUGUCAAUCAGGCUUAUACAAGUUUAGCAAAAUAAUAUCGUGUCCUUGUAGAAUGGCAUUCUGCGGCUACGUAAACGUAUCCGGAGACUUUGUCCUGCGCGACGAGACUUACAUGGGCGAUACGGUAGUCCGGCGAACCACGUCGCCCAGUGAUUCACCCACCUCGCUGUCGUCGCCAGUCUCGCUGCCCCAGCACUCCACAGGGACGAUUUCUGUAAAGGAUGACAUGGAUGGUAGCGAAGGUACCACCAUGAAGGCUACACGGGUCCGCUCUCCAGACGCUUGGUCACUAAUGUAUGGCGAAGUCAAGCAGAGCCUCUGCGUGCCCUCGCUGCAACUCGACUCCCGGGAAAGCUCUGUCAACUAUUUGAGAAACAUAGAUUCGAUGAAGGGUUAUCGAGAAGCAGAUGCUGCCUAUGAGAACUGGUACUCGGCCAAGCGGCGCCAACGUCUGGAAAAGCGCAAGGUGCUGCAGCAGGAGCACAAUGACAAGCAGGAGCAGGCGAAACACAAAAAGCAGCUGGCCCAGAUGUGCUACGACCAGUGGCUGAAACGCAAGGCCCGCCAGGCAGCUGCCCAGCGGGUGGAGAACCAUAUGCAGUCCGCUGCCUUCAAGGCCAACCAAUCACUGGCCAAGAACUCAAUGCAGCCUACGGCUAGCUCAUCGGGCUCAUCCACCACAGCAAGCUCGGGCUACAGCUCAUCCUCGUCGGCGAACAAGACUUUACGGAAUGUACCGGAGGACAAGAUUCGCCAGGUUGUGGAGGAUUGGUGGCUAAAGAAGCAACAGCAGCAUCAAACAGAGCGCGAGGAGAAGCGCCGAGCCCUCGUCUCCAAGGCUCUGGAGCAGAAGAGGCGCAAGGAGCUGGCCGAGAUGGCCUGGCAGCAAUGGAUGAGCAAUGUGGACGAGAAGCCCAAGCCGGUGCCCCUAAAUCAGGGCAUGGACUCGCUGCGAGGCACUAUAUCACCUCUCUUCGUAAACCCCCGACCUUGGGUGGAUCCCUUAAAGCCUUCGAAGAUGUAGGCAGGCAGGCAGCAUGCCAUUCCCCACAUUUGAUGUCUCGUGUUCAAGAUACAUCAUUGAUUCAAAUUGUACGAAAAUGAUUUAAUACAUAAAAAGAGUAUGUUAACCCCAACGUAAAUAUUCCAUUGGAAAGAAAUCGUAGUUUACAAAAUUUAAAUA